AGAAGAAGUUUACAUCAGGCUCAUUUGUGUGAAUGACAGUCGAGUGUACGUGCGUGUGUGUGUCCGCGGGAUAUUACAAGAGCUUGUCUUUGGCGGAGGUUGAACAGCUACCAGAAAGAAGUUGACAGCGUCGGACCAGGUGGCGUUCAGGGACACGGACACUGGAGGAAGAAAGUGGAACUCUUUUGUCUCAAUGGUCAUCUUGACUUGGAAGUGAGACCCCCAUUAAACUAAGCAACCCCAGAUUGCUACAGAAGAGAGCUUUGAGCUUCCAGAAAGAAUUCUCCUUCGACGAAAAAGACGACCCAGCAAAAAGCACCAAGGAUAUAGAUGUUAGUCUCUUGGCCAAUCUCCCCAAAGUCUCUGAACUGAGGAAACGAUUUGAAGGCAUUACCACAAGCACAAGCGACUGGAAUAUGAACAGGAAGGAGCGUAUAGCUCGGCGGUUGGAGGGCAUAGAUGGUGAGGUACAGCCGUCUCUGCUGCCCAGCCUGGUGGCCAACAGGCUUCUAGAGGAGGACACACCACGAUACACCAGGGGCUCUGAUCCCUGUGAGCCCUGUGGUGUUACAGUCCAGAGGUAUGGCAUGGAGGGAUUCGAAAGCCCAGAAAUGCCGCUGACGGCUCCAGAGCGACAGUCCAGGGCUAGAUGCAGACCUGACCCUCAGCCCUCCAUCCACACAGAGCCUGUCUACACCUCAGGCUCCACCACCAGUCCCCCGGAGUCCAAGGCUGAACGCAUCGCCCGCUACAAGGCGGAGCGGCGCCGGCAGCUGGCCGAGCGCUAUGGCAUCUCUUUAGAUCAGGAGCCGGAGUUGGAGCAACCCCCCCGCUACACUCGCACCCGGAAGGAGUCUGAAGGCUCAGAGAGGCGUGUCCGAGGGGAGUCAGUGGGGGAGGAAGGGACUUACACCAGCACCUCCGCAACCAGUCCCAGGGCGGGGCGUACGGCACCACAGCACAGCCACCCCGACCCUGGAUAUGAGAGUCGGACCAGGGCGGACUCAUUCUCAGAGAGGGAGAGGCUGAUGAACCUGGAGAACCAACGCAGAGCUGCUCCUCCUGAGCCUCCAUCUCCUUCCUCGUACAUGGAUGUGACAUCAUUGUCCACAGCUGCCAGGGUUCCCGCCAAGGAGCAUUCAGUCACAGGGAUGCCACCCAGUUCACCUAAGCUGAGCAGACACGCUUCCCUCUCCUCACCUAAAUACGGGGUGUCUCCUGGGGACCUAUUCAUCGAGCAGCAGGCCCAUAACAUCCUCAGCAGGCAGGGAAUCAGGGUUAGAGAGAGGCUUGCCAAGGAGGAUGGCCGCCAGAGGAGCCCAGAGCUCGGAAAUGUACCCGAAGCCCCCGUGUACCGCAGACAAUUUCAACACCAGACCCAAAACUCUACACGCUACCACACAGACCCACCAGGGCCCCAGCAGUUUUCUUCCCAGCCCUACCACCACCCCCAUGCUCAGCUGACCCGACCUGGGCCGCCAGGCGGACAAGACGCUGGUGGUUACCCUAGUUACCUUUCCAUGGCCUCUGGUCCCACAUCCAGAGCUGGGCAGCAGCAGCAACAGCCCCAGGAGGAAGAGACUGAGGAGUCUGAGGAUGUGAAGACAGAGGGCCUUCUGAGAAGCAGGAAAGCCGUGCUGCCCUCUGAGAUCCGCCGCAGGGAGAGGAGCACUGAGGACCCACGGAGAGGAAGAGGGGAAGAAGAGCUAGGGAUGUCCUUGGCACUGAGCGUGGCAAGGGAGGCUGAGGCAGAGGAGCCUGCAAGACGAGGACACCGAAGCAGAGCCAGGUGGGACGACCCAGAGCACACCUCCCAUCUGCAAGCAUCAGAGGGCAGGCCCAGAGAGCGGGAAAACCCCAUUUAUAUCCACAAAGGGGUGGCUGCCUCCCACAUCCAGUCCAGAGCAGCACAUGCAGGCCCAGGAGGCUCCAGCUCCAGCACCGCUCUGAGCCGCUCAGUGUCAGAUGCCGGGGAUCCACGAGGGUCUAACCACAGAAACUUGCAGCACCAAACACACGACCCUAGAGAUAUCAGGGAGGGUGAGAGUUUCAGUAACAAAGAGAGUCACCAGGACAGCCGGGUGUCUGUGGCCCAGCUCAGACAUUCCUACAUGGAGAGCACCACCACCCCUCCGACCAGCCGCAGGAACGAGCUUGAGGUUGAAGGGGACAGGGCACUCGCAGACUCCGGGGCCCUAUGGAGAGGGGAGAGGGACAGGGGCCGCAGGCCCCGACAGUAUAUCUAUCCUGGGGAGAGUAGAAAGACCUCAGAGAGGUUUAGGACGCAGCCCAUCACAUCUGCUGAGCGCCAGGAGACUGAUAGGUCCUGUGUGAGUUCUGAUCUUGCUUCAACUGAAGCUGAUGAAGAGAAGCUAGAUGACCGGGCCAAGCUGAGCGUAGCAGCCAAGCGCUCUCUCUUCAGGGAACUGGAGAAGAGCAUUGAUGGCGGAGCUCCUAAACCACGGUCCAGGAAUGCAGCGGUGGACAGGAGACUAAGACGGACUCAAGACCGAUCCAGAACGCAGCCAGUCACCACUGAAGAAGUAGUCAUUGCUGCCACCCUGCAGGCGUCCUCGCAACAGAGCGCCGCCGCUCGGGAGCAGGCGCGGGAGGCUCGUCAGAUGCAGGAGGCUCGUCAGAUGCAAGAGGCUCGUCAGAUGCAGGAGGCUCGUCAGAUGCAGGAGGCUCGUCAGAUGCAGGAGGCCCGGCAGAUGCAGGAGGCCCAGGAGGUCCAUCGUCCUAAACCAACAGUGUCGGCAGUGGAGGGAAAGGACCAGAGUCGGAGCCAGGAACAGGGUGGUCAAAGCCACGGUCAGGUUCAGGAUGAGCCUGACCUCUGCACCCUCAGCCUGGCAGAAAAGAUGGCGCUGUUUAACAGACUGGCUCAGCCUCCCAUCAGGGUCACCCGCACCAGGGGGGACACACGCCAACGCAGGAACCACGCUCGCUACCAGACACAACCCAUCACUCUGGGAGAUAUGGAGCAGCUUCAAAACGGCUCUCGGUUCGGGCAGCUCCCUGAUUCAUCCUCCUCCUCUGCUCUGAGAGAAGCCACUGUCUCUACUGACCAUGCUGGAGACAUUCACUUAACCAGAGCACCAGCUCAGGUCCAACCCCUCCCCCCCAGCUCUGACAGGUCUCACCACGCAGACGGCCCCACCUGGAGGUCCCUGGACUCCACGGACCACGAUCUAGGAGGAGGGAAGAGGAAGCUGCCCUCUCCUGAUGGAGUGGUCAGGCAGGCCGCUCUGCCCCAGCCCCAGGCUGGACGAGAGCGGAGGGGGGAGGAGGAGGAGCAGGAGGAGGAGGAGCAGUGGCUGGUCAGGGGGCGGGGAGACAGAGCCCGACAGAGCUCAGAGAGCCACAUGCUCCAGGAGAGGCAGGAGGAAGCACACUACCCAGACAGCCACAGGAGCCGGGGCAUCAGUGGAGAGCUGCCGGAGUCCACCGUGGUGACAGCCAGAGCUCCGUCUGCUUCCCCCAGCAGUGUGUGUCUGCCUCCAGCAGCAGACACACACACAGACGGCCUGCUGCAGCCGGAGGACUCAGACGAGCUGAGCGACAUGAUGAUGGCCAGACACAUGUCCAUCAAAGAGAGGGUGGCCUUGCUGAAGAAGAGUGGCGAGGACGACUGGAGGAACAGGAUCAAUAGGAAGCAGGAUGUGGCGAAGGUUGCUAUGGGUGACCAGCACGCUCAGCUCAUGGAGGUGGAGCAGAGCUUCAAGAAGGACGAUGAAGCAGCGAUGAUGAUCGAUGAGCUCGCUGUGUCCGACCAGCUCUGGAAAAUAGCUGAGGCUGAGAUGGAGUGCGAGUCGAUGGAGGCUCACAUGUCCAUCCAGGAUAGGAAACAGCUGAUCGUAGCCCAGGAGGAGGCCUGGAAAUCUAAGGGGCAUGGAGCCGCCAACGACUCCACCCAGUUCACUGUGGCUGCACGCAUGGUGAAGAAAGGGCUGGCCUCCCCCUCAGCCCUCCAGUCUCCAACGUCCUCCAAACCCAAGAACAGCAGCCCUGCCAUCUCCAAACCACAGGAAGAGAUCAAAGCCGUACCAGAUCUGAACCUGGAGUCGGACAUGAAGCUGGAUAAACUGGAAUCAUUCCUCGGCAAGCUCAACAGUAAAGUGUCUGGACUGCCAGAAGCCACCAUCACAGUGACACAGAAGAAAGUAAAGGAAGUGAUGACCCUGGAAGAUGAAACCUUUUCCAAGUUCUAUCGCCAUGUAGAGGAGCUCCCCGCCACCACCAACAAGGUGGAGAUAGACGACGACUUUGACGCCAUUUUCGGUCCCCAGGUGCCAAGGCUGACCUCGGAGAUGGUGCAGCACAAGCGAGCAGUGCGGCCAACGCGUAACGUCCAGGCGUCGAGGAACCCUCUGAAGAUGCUGGCUGCCAGAGAGGACAUCAGACACGAGUACACGGAGCAGAGGCUCAACAUCGGCCUGCUGGAGAGCAAGAGGAUGAAGGCUGAGAAGAUGAAUAAGAACUCUGGUUUCUCUGAUGUGGCUCUGGCUGGUCUGGCCAGCAAGGAGAACUUCAGCAACGUCAACCUGCGCAGCGUCAACAUCUCUGAGCAGAUGUCCAACAACAGCGCCGUGCCUUACAAGAAGCUCAUGCUCUUACAGGUCAAAGGCCGACGCCACGUCCAGACCAGGCUGGUGGAGCCCAGAGCCUCCUCCCUGAACAGUGGGGAUUGUUUUCUGCUCAUCACGCCACACCACUGCUUCAUCUGGACCGGAGAGUUCGCUAACGUCAUAGAGAAGAACAAGGCUUCAGAGUUGGCUAACUUCAUCCAGAGAAAGAGAGAUUUGGGUUGCAGAGCUAACUACGUCCAAGUCAUCGAGGAGGGUGCCAGCACACACAGCCAUGCUGCCAAGGAGUUCUGGAAGAUUCUGGGAGGGCAGUCCACUUAUCAGUCUGCAGGAACACCAGAUGAAGACGAGCUGUACGAGGGUGCCAUUGUGGAGACGAACUGUAUUUACCGGCUGAUGGAUGACAAACUGGUGCCAGAUGAUGAUUUUUGGGCCAAGGUGCCCCGCUGCUCCCUGCUCAACCCCAAGGAGGUUCUGGUGUUUGACUUUGGCAGUGAGAUGUACAUAUGGCAUGGAAAGGAAGUGACACUGGCUCAGAGGAAGGUGGCCUUCCAGCUGGCCAAGCACCUGUGGAACGGCACCUUCGACUAUACAAACUGUGACAUCAACCCGCUGGACCCGGGAGAGUGCAACCCACUAAUACCCAAGAAAGGUCAGGGACGACCUGAUUGGGCCGUGUUCGGCAGACUGACUCAACACAAUGAAACCACCCUGUUCAAAGAGAAGUUUCUGGACUGGAGCGACUCCAGGAAAACACCCAGUCCCACAAAAAACAACGAGCACAUCACUGAACAAAAGGAGCAGUCCACCUCCGACCAGCGGCCUGCGUACGACGCUUCCCUGAUGCUGCCGCUCCAUCAGGCGCCCGUCUGCACCAAACUGGACGGCUUCAACGUGGGCCGGGGCUACGGCCUGGUGGAGGCAGAGGACUGGCGGAGCUACGAAAUCAGCACGCUGGCGGUGGAGGUGUGGCACAUCCUGGAGUUCGACUACAGCCGGCUGCCUCGCCAGAGCAUCGGCCAGUUCCAUGAGGGGGACACGUACGUGAUGAAGUGGAAGUACAUGGUCAGCGCAGCAGUCGGGAGGAGACAGAACCCAGAGCAGCAGAAGACGGCGGGGGCCGGGAAGGAGAAGUGCUGCUACUUCUUCUGGCAGGGACGCAACUCCACCAUCAGUGAGAAAGGAACGUCAGCACUGAUGACUGUGGAGCUGGACGAGGAGCGGGGAGCACAGGUUCAGGUCCAGCAGGGUAAAGAGCCUCCAUGUUUCCUGCAGUGCUUCAAAGGAGGGAUGGUGGUCCACUCAGGGAAGAGAGAAGAGGAGGAGGAGAACUCCCAGAGUGACUGGCGUCUGUACUGUGUGCGGGGGGAGGUGGAGGUGGAGGGCCACCUGCUGGAGGUGGCCUGUCACUGCAGCAGCCUGCGCUCCAGAGUCUCCAUGGUGCUGCUGAGCGUGAGCCAGGCUCUCAUCUACCUGUGGCAUGGCUGCAAGGCUCAGGCUCACACACGGGAGGUGGCCCGCACCGCCGCCAACAAAAUCAAAGAGCAAUGUCCUCUGGAGACAGGCCUCCACAGCAGCAGCAAGGUGACCAUCAGGGAGUGUGAUGAGGGAGCAGAGCCCUCAGGAUUCUGGGAACCCCUCGGGAGGAGGGACAGGAAAGCAUACGACUGCAUGCUGCAAGACCCAGGCAGGUUUAACUUCUCACCACGUCUGUACCAGCUGAGCAGCAGCUCAGGAGAGUUUGCAGCUGUGGAGUUUCUGUACCCUGCCAGACUCCCCAACGAGGUCAACUCCAUGCCUUUCCUGCAGGAGGACCUUUAUGCAGCCUCACAGCCAGCCCUGUUCCUGGUGGACAACCACCAUGAGGUGUACCUGUGGCAGGGCUGGUGGCCUCAGGACAGUGAAAGCACCGGCUCAGCCCGAAUCCGCUGGGACUCAGACAGGAAGUGUGCCAUGGAGACUGUGCUGCAGUACUGUAGAGAAAAGAAUGAGAAGAAGCCUCCCAAAGCGUAUCUGAUCCACGCCGGUCUGGAGCCGCUCACCUUCACCAACAUGUUCCCCAGCUGGGAGCACAGAGAGGACAUUGCUGAGAUCACUGAGAGGGAGGCGGAGGUGUGUAACCAGAUUAUCCUGGUGGAGGACGUGUUGGCCCGGCUCUGUAAGACCACGUACCCCCUGGCUGAUGUUCUGGCCCGGCCGCUGCCUGAGGGCGUGGACCCCCUUCGCCUGGAGGUCUACCUGUCUGAUGAGGACUUUGAGAAAGCUCUGGAGAUGAGCAGAGAGGACUAUGGGGCUCUGCCUGGCUGGAAGCAGGUGAACUUGAAGAAAGCAAAAGGACUUUUCUGAACAGUUGAAACAGAGAGACAGCAGGAUGUUCUGUCUCCUCUUCUGUUUACGUCUGGACACAACUGGAGAGUGAGGAGCUGCGUCUCUGUGACGGAGGGCUGAGGACGGAUGAGGGGAGCGAUGAAGGGAUGGAAGAGGUGAUCAGUGAACGAGAGGUGUGUCAGCUUCUUGUGAUCCUUCCAUUCAUGAGUUGGUAUUGUGGAUGUAAAGUAGGAUGGUCUGAAUCUCUUUAAAGUUUCACACCACGUCACAGUCAGUGCAGGUCCAAGAACUUUACUGAGUUUAAUGUUAAUGUAUGUACAUAAUGUAGCAUACUGAGAACAGCCCAGUGCCCUUACAUUGUCAGCCAUGCAGCCAUGUGUUAGAGUGGCAGCUCAGCACUCUGCUACUCUUCUAUGUAUGUUUGUGCAUUACAAAUAAUUUAUAUUUAUCAAAUCUAUAUAGGAUUUUUUUUUAAAGAAUAUCCACUGAGCUAAAACUGAUUAAAUAAACUAUAUAAUAAAUGUGGAGGAAGGUUGUGUCAUAUGUUGAUAUAUUACUGAAUGGUCUCUUGCUGUACAGUUCACUAUUUGCCAUUUACAAAUCAAAUGAUGCAGCUUUAUUAUUGUGUCAUUAUGUGUUCAGAUAGAAGAAAGGAUACAGGCAAAGAUAGUGAUGAUGAAAUGUAUGUGAUUUGUUCAAGCCUACAGUGUAUAGUGCCUUGCUUUGUGUACAGUUUCUAUACAGAUCCUAGUCUGCAUUUUGAAGACUUUUUGUGAUAUAAAGAAAUAUUAGAGAAAUAAACUCUGAACGUUGGUA